AUGGACAGCGAAAUAGCGGUGCUGGUCGACGAUCAAGAGAUUGAUGCUGAGGCGCAAGGUUGUGAUCAGUACCUGGAAACUAUCGCUCAGGCAACAUUCAGUGCCAAUCGACACCUCUCGCAAUGCGUCGUACAGUUGCCUUCAAGCGCCCAUGACAGGCCAUCCAUCUCUAACGGAACAGUGGCCCCACGUCCUCCCGCAACCGGGCCACGCGUGCCCAAACUUCGGAUUGACUCGUUUGCGGGAGAGUUAUCAGCAUGGCAAUCGUUCUGGGAUCAAUUCAACUCCGGUGUGCACGAGAAUUCGUCUCUGUCGGCGAUAGCAAAAUUUCAAUAUCUGCGUUCGCUUGUGAAGGGAAAGGCUGAACUGGCAAUCAAGGGACUCGACUUGACUGCGGACAAUUAUCCGGCAGCCAUCAGUAUCUUAAACCAACAGUUCGGCAAUCGGGAUCGACUCAUCACAGAGCAUAUGGGACAGCUUUUAGAACUCCCUCAUGUAAGAUCAUCUGACGACGUGACGAAGCUCCGCUGCCUUCAUGACACUGUAAGAGUACGGAUGCGGAAUUUGAAUAGCUUACAAGUUCCCGAGAGCGCUUACAGCAUAGUACUUAUGACGGCGCUGCUACAAAAGCUCCCACCGGACAUGGAGCUAGAGUAUUAUCGGCAUCACGCGCAACAGCUAUCUGGAACCGUGGCCAGGCACGUAGCAACUGAAUCACGAGAGGUUCCUCCGGUAGCCGACACCGGUACUCUUGACUCUCUAAUUUCCUUCCUUCAGCGAGAAAUAGAGCACCGAGAACGAAUGGUGCCACGGAAAAGGGAAGCUACAUCUCAUCAGGCGGACUCUCUUUCAUUUUGCCCGACCCCUAAAAUCGCUUCUGCCGCAGCGCUCAAUACCAUCGCUGACUCGACAAUUCGAGAGCGAAAGCCCUUUCCGUGUCUCCUUUGUGGAUCCAACGAUCAUUCCGUUGCAAAUUGCGUUAUCACCACCACCCCAGAGCGAAAGCUUGUAAAAUUGCGACAAGCGGGAUGCUGUUUCAAGUGUGGCAAACCACGGCAUCUGGCUAAAGACUGUCGCACUGCCAAGCGACUUUCCUGUUCAAACUGUACCGGCAAACACUUGACAUCCUUGUGUUGCAAGAACGUGCAAGCUACGCAUGCAUCAUCGGUGGAUUACGCGAUUAGCUCAGAUCAGCAUGACUUACCGCCCCCACCUCUUGGGAAUUCCUUGCAUGACGGCGCCGCCACCUCCAUCAACGUUUCUAGUGUUCACAAUGGCUCAGUCAUCCUACUUCAAACGGCAAGAUCAUGGGUCGCAGCCCCGCGUUCCCCUAAGAGAAAGCUCAUCCGUAUAUUGCUUGAUGGAGGAAGCCAACGGACGUUCAUCCGCAAGGAUGUUUCAGCACAGCUACGAUGCCCCACAGCAGGUCACGAACAGCUUGCUAUCUUCGCAGUAGGACGCCGUGCAAAUGCCGAAACCUUGUCUCGCCGGGUGCGAAUGUCACUGACGCCACUUUUGGCCCACGACCAUCUGGAAAUAGAGGCCAUUGAGUUCCAAGAUAUGUGUGUGGGAAACUUUCCAAUUCCAGCAGCCGCCAUCAGUGACCAACUCGUUGAAUCUGGUAUUCCCGUUGCGGACGAUAUUGCCUCUCGACUCGACAUACCUGGCAUCUCAUUGCUAAUAGGCUGCGAUUACUACUGGCACGUCGUCACCGGCGAAGUGAAGAAAUUGUGUGAUGGUUUCGUGGCCGUAGAAACAAUCUUCGGCUGGGUACUACAAGGUCCCCAACCAGGAGAGCUCAAACUUUCACGUCCACCCCCAUUGGAUACACAUCUCCUACACGUUCAAGCUCAAGACGUAACUAUAACCAAAGAACUACAAAAAAUCUGGGACAUUGAGCACCUCGGGAUCAACGGGACGAUAACUCCCCCCUGA